UUGUGUUUGAAUAUGAUUGGGCUUUAAUUUCCUCGACCUUUUCGGCAAAGGAGGAAACAAAAAGUGAUAUUAUCGUGCCAAUAGAUCGGCGACGACUUGUGCACUCUGUGUACUCAUCCGUCGUGGAUAGACGUGUUGUCAACUCAAGGAAAGAAGAAUGCCAACCUCAAGCUUCUUCUUUGCAUUUGCCCUGUGUGUUAACAGCACUACGAGCAUGCAGUCAUCCACUGCAACUCUCGGCUCAGAGCCUGAUGUCUGCAAUGAGACAUGGACGAAUCAGUGCUACUACGUUAACUGCUCCAGCAGAAGUUUGACUGACGUCCCACAGCAUUUACCAAACUUAACAUGUGUCUUAGAUCUGUCACAUAACAACAUUUCAUCCUUCCCCGAAACAUAUUUCCAAACGUUUACCAAUCUGACGACUCUGGACUUCUCACACAACAAUCUUGGACAAGAAGGAGUCGGCGUGCUUUUUAAUGGCUUUCCAAUGCUGAGAUAUUUAAAUAUAUCUCAUAAUAAUCUACAGAUUAUAUCUUUGGAUACGUUUUCGAAUUUAACUUCCCUAAUUCAUCUGAAUGUGUCCUUCUGUAAUGUACAGUCAAUAGAACCUGGUUCACUCUCUCGCCUGCAGAAUAUUACAACACUAGACCUCUCAUGGAAUUGGAGACUCGGAUUUGAAGGAUUAGAAAAUGCAACACAGGGUCUUGGAAGCUCAACCAUAACAGAAUUGUUCAUUAACAACAUUGUUCCUCGCAAUACACUCUGUGUGACAGUGCAAGAUCGACAUUUGAUGCAUCUUGAGAACACUUCCCUGGAAACACUCGAGGCAGAUGGAAACAGCAUAGUUAGUUUUGGAAGUCGAACUCUAAAUCUUCUUCCUAAAUCAUUGCAAUAUGUCAGUGUUCGCUUGAAUAAUUUUGCAUAUGCCCAGUACGUAUUAUCCAUUCACAACAUGACGGGUCUGAAGCAUAUUUUUCUGGGUGGACAUGUGCGAGACCUGUCUGAAGUCAUACCCAUUGCUGAUGACCUCUCUGCUGUUGAGGAUUACCACUGUAGCCGUAGCGAGACUUGUGAUUAUGAAGAUAGGAACUGGUCAUCCUCUGAACAAACAUUUGAAAUCAGUAUGCCAUUGAGGUCAAAGGUAUUGACAUCCAGCCAAAGAAAACCCCUUCGAAUUCCACCUAAUUUAACGUUUGUAAGUUAUGCCUUUGCCGAAUCCUCUAUAACACUUUCAGAGAUCCAUUUUGAUGAAAACAAAUUAGAACAUCUUGAUCUUUCGUAUAACGUCAUGGUCAAUUGGCAGGGACCAAUAAUUGGUUUGAAUCAUUUGAAAGUUUUGGAUCUGGCACAAAACGUAGCCAGUAAUGUGUCAUAUCAUUUCUUCGAGAAUUUGACAACAUUAGAAACCUUAAACCUUUCAGGAAAUUCCCUCGAUAGAUGCAUCACGCAUGACAAGAAGGGUCAAAUAUUUGGCAGUUUGACGAAUCUGAAGUAUCUCGACCUAUCUAGGCAAUUCCUUCAUCGUUUACCUUACAAUAUAUUUCAAGGCCUCCAUAGUCUUCAAGAAUUAAAUUUAUCUUUCAAUGCUCUUCCAGAGAUAGAACUGAAUUUAACAUAUAACCAACAUUUGCAAUUUAUUAACUUUUCACACAAUCAAAUUUGGUACAUCUAUCAGGGUCUCAGACAUCAACUCGACAUGUUGGCGGCUCAGCAUGUUAAUGUUAACACCAGCAUCGACUUAACUGGCAAUCCUCUUCUCUGCAGAUGCUCGAAUAUAGUAUUUCUUGAAUGGCUAUCAACAUCAAACGUACGGAUCUUAAACUUUGCCAAUUAUAAAUGUUAUAAUAACGAAGACAUUCAAAUUCAAAUGAAGAAACCGCAUGUGCUUAUCGAAAAUUUCAGAGUUUCGUGUAGCCAGGCAGUUUGGAGGUUGGUGUGGAUUUUGUUUGCGACAUUUUUCGUUGUUUGUCUGAUGUGCUGUUCAGUACUUUACCGCUACAGGUGGAAACUUAGAUAUCUUUACUAUGUUGCAAAAAUACGAGUCAUGAAGCUGCCAGAAUCUAGGCAGUCGUUUGAAUUCGAUGCCUUUAUAUCUUAUGCUGAUGAAAACCGGGAGUUUGUUUUGACAAUGAUGAUGCCCAAAUUGGAAGCAGAGGGCAUAAGACUAAACAUACAUCACCGUGACUUCAUGCCUGGGAAUCCUAUUGCAGAGAACAUCAUUGAUGCCAUCCAGAAAAGUCGCCGUGCUGUGCUAGUGUUGUCCAAGGACUUCGUGAAGAGCAAUUGGUGCAUGUAUGAAGUAAAUAUGGCCAACAUGGAAGGGGUUUCUACUGGGAGGGAUGUGUUGGUCAUUGUGAUGUAUGAAGAUGUUGCAACCAAAGACGUACCGCCUGAAAUACUGUAUCACAUUCAGAACAACACGUACAUCGAAUACCCACAUAUGGGGAAUGACAGUACCUUUUGGGAACAUCUGUGUCAAGCUUUGAGAAACGAGGAAUAAAACAUGGAUUAGAAUGGGGAACUGUAAAUAAAGUUUAUGGACUAAAAGAUUUCAAGAACUGGUGGACAGAGUUGUGUUGAUGUUGCACAGAGACGCAGGUGAUAUACCACAGCAUACAAUUAAACCCUGCAAAGAUUUGGCCCACACACUCAUAUUCAUUGGGUCUGGGAGGUCUCGCCUUCCCCUGCGGGUGUACUAGAAGGUUAUGGUCGUCGUACAAGCCGGCGUAGAUGGGAUCGGUUGAAUUCGAUGUUUAAUUUGGCUGAGCUUCAUUAUACAAACUCGUAACCCAGUGACAUGGAUUGUUGGUCUUCUUGUCAAUCACUGGUUAAUAUCGGUGACUUUGCCCUGAUUAUCAAAAAGCAUCCACAACCUUAAAUACUGCUGACGAGGUCAUAGGAAAGCAUUCUCUUAGGAUCGUGACAGUGUGAAGAGAUCGAUAAGUUGAAGUCUGAAAACAAGGAAGAAUCACAAACGAAUGUAACUGACACUUUUGUUUGUUGUAAGUGAGUGAGUAUGGUUUUACGCCGCUUUUAGCAAUAUUGCAGCAAUAUCAAGGCGGGGGACACCAGAAAUGGGCUUCACACAUUGUUCCCAUGUCGGGAAUCGAACCCGGGUCUUCGGCGUGACGAGCGAACGCUUUAACUACUAGGCUGCCCACCCGCUUCUUGUUUGUUGUAACGUAUGGUACACACGUUUAAGAAAUCAUUUCUUUGUAAUGAUUAAUAUUUUGCUAUGAAGAUAAAAGUUUUCAAUGGCGGCAUCUCAUAAUGAUGAGAGAAGAUGUCGUUGUAAAUAGCUUAUGGUUUUACAUUUGUAUGUUGUGUUAUGAGGUUUCAUUUUCAUUUCAAAGAGCGUCAUACUACUCUUGCUUAGCAUAUGUUUGAUUAAGGUUACACCAUUGAAAGACAAAGUAAAGCUUUCAAAGCGUUCUGUGGUAGAGAUGUUGAUGGCGUGCUUCCAAAUGUAACGCAUCAGUGCCAGAAACAAUGUCCGAUACAAAUCCCUAUUUUGACUUUUGCCACAUGUUCCAGUUUUGAGACAACAUAGUUUCACGAUUAAGGAAAUAAAAUGAACAUAUCAAAUA